CGGGCCGUUGAGAGCUUGAACCUGAGUUAACGCAACUAACCCUGGUUUAAAAUAUGAAGCGUUGAAGAGAGAGAAAUAGAGAAUUAGGGCGAAGCGGAAAAGGAGACGGGGAGAGAAGAGAGAGAGGUGAGAGAUGAGGUACUUCCCGGAGGAGGUGGUGGAGCACAUCUUCGGCUUCCUCACCUCGCACCGCGACCGGAACGCCGUGUCGCUGGUGUGCAAGGCCUGGUACCGCGUGGAGAGGCUGAGCCGCCGCAGCGUGUUCGUCGGGAACUGCUACGCGGUGCGCCCGGAGCGCGUGGCGGCGCGGUUCCCGCGCCUCACGUCGCUCAGGGUGAAGGGGAAGCCGCACUUCGCCGACUUCAACCUCGUCCCGCCCGACUGGGGCGGCAAUGCCGCCCCGUGGAUCGAGGAAGCUGCCCGCAGCUGCCCGGCCCUCCUCGAGCUCCGGCUCAAGCGGAUGGUCGUCACCGACGAGAGCCUCGAGCUCCUCGCCCGAUCCUUCCCCAAUUUCCAAUCCCUGGUUCUCAUCAGCUGUGAGGGCUUCAGCACCAACGGCCUCGCCGCAAUUGCCACCCAUUGCAGGUAUCUUAGGGAGCUGGACUUACAGGAAAAUGAGGUGGAGGAUCGUGGGCCCCAGUGGCUCAGCUGCUUCCCUGAUUCCUGUACUUCUCUAAUCUCCCUAAACUUUGCCUGCCUGAAAGGCGAGGUCAACCCUGCCACAUUGGAAAGGCUCGUCGCAAGAUGCCCUAAUCUCCAAACCAUAAGGCUCAACCGUUCAGUAACCGUCGAAUCUUUGGCCAAGAUUGUUGAGCGGGCCCCGCAACUGAGGGAUUUGGGGACCGGUUCUUUCGCAGUCGACCUUCGAUCUGAAGCAUGCCACAAACUGAUGAAUGCCCUCCGAAAAUGCAAAUCAAUAAGGAGCUUAUCAGGGUUCUGGGAUGCUCGUUCGCAAUGCCGUACUGUUAUUUAUCCCAUUUGUGCGAAUCUUACUGGUUUAAAUUUAAGCUAUGGUCCACUUAUCCAGUGCUCUGAGCUCACCUUUCUGAUUCGGCAUUGCUGGAAGCUUCGGCGCCUUUGGAUUUUGGACAGUAUCGGGGACAGAGGCUUGGCGGUCGUGGCUGAAAGCUGUAAGGAUCUGCAGGAGCUGAGGGUGUUUCCUGUGGACAUUUACGGUGCGGGAAGCCCUUUCGUGACAGAAGAAGGGCUUGUUGCCGUAUCUUCAGGUUGCCCCAAAUUGCACUCCUUACUGUAUUUCUGCCAUCAAAUGACGAAUGCCGCUUUAAUAACCAUCGCGAAGAACUGCCCUAACUUCACGCGGUUCAGAUUAUGCAUUCUCGACCCAAAAAAGCCUGACCCAAUCACUGGCCAACCAUUGGACGAAGGCUUUGGGGCAAUUGUGCAGUCUUGUAAAAACCUAAGGCGGCUCUCGAUGUCGGGCCUUCUCACCGACCAAGUAUUCUUGUACAUCGGAAUGUACGCAGAGCGUCUUGAAAUGCUCUCUAUUGCAUUUGCGGGGGACAGCGAUAAGGGAAUGGUGUACGUCCUAAACGGAUGCAAGAAUUUGAGGAAGCUGGAGAUUAGGGAUUGCCCGUUCGGGGAUGGGGCGCUGUUGCAGGACGUGAAAAAGUACGAGACAAUGCGAUCCCUUUGGAUGUCUUCCUGUGAUGUAACUCUCGGGGGUUGCAAGUCCUUAGCUCAAAAAAUGCCAGGGCUGAACGUAGAGGUUAUGCAUGAGGACGAAGGUAGUGGGAAGACGCAGGAAAACACUAGCGAUCGCGAUAAGGUGGAGAAGAUGUACGUGUAUCGAACACUUGCGGGCCCAAGGGAUGAUGCACCGGAUUUCGUGUGGACCUUAUAGAGAGUAAAGAUAAUAUCUUUUGUGUGACCGUGCUGCUCUAUUGAUUAUUUUUAUUGCUCUUUAGCGGUAGACUAGUAGGAUGAUGUUGCUUAAAUUGGUAUUUAGAAAUGUAAGUUAGCUGAGGAGGAUGAACCUUAGGGGCGUAUUUGUAUCUUCUCUUCUCAUGUGAAAGACUUGCAUUCGUAAUCGUCUCACUUGAUAUUGCUUAUUUAGCUUUUGUUUACCACGGAUUGUGUUCAUCUAAA